CACAAUCACACUGCAAUGACAACUUUACUCUUCAAGUCAGUGAAUACUACAAAGAAAAUGAAGGAAGAAUUGCAAAACUCAGCUCAGUUUGUCUAGGCUAGCUGGAUUGAUUUUAUUAGAGAAGAAAGAAGGGAAAGAAGCAAAAAGAAUACAUGGCCUCCCUCAUCCCUCACAUGGUAAAGAGGCUGUGGCAUGAGUGGAAUCUUCGCGCUGCAGUCCUUAUUAGUCUUUUCUUCCAAAUGGUGUUAAUAUCCUUAGCAACAUUGCGGAAACGAACAGGAAGCAGAAUAGUGAAUGCCAUAAUAUGGUCUGUUUAUCUGCUUGCCGAUUGGCUUGCUGCUUUUGCUGUUGGACUUAUCUCUAAUGGCCAAAGUAAUGGCAAUCCUGAUAAAUUCAGAGUAAAUGAAGAUCUUGCGGCAUUUUGGGCUCCAUUUUUAUUGUUACAUCUUGGUGGCCCUGAUAACAUCACUGCUUUCUCCCUUGAAGAUAAUGAGUUGUGGAUCCGGCAUCUGCUUGGGCUUGUCAUUCAGCUUGUUGCUGUUGCUUACGUCUUUGCCCACUCCAUCAAGAAUGUACUCUCAGUUCCAACAAUACUCUUGUUUUUAGCUGGAGCUAUUAAAUAUGCUGAGCGAACUCGUGCUCUAUAUUUAGGUUGCUUGGGUAAUUUCAAGGCUUCUAUGCUUCCAAUGCCAGAUGCUGGACCAAAUUAUGUUCAGCUUAUGGAGGAGUACUCAUCUAGGAAAGCUGCUGAUGUUCCGGUUAGGAUAAAAAUAGAGAACGAACCUGAGAGAGGCUCUCAGACUUCUGAAAUUCCAGAUUGGACUACUGAAGAAAUAACUCACCUAGAAGUUGUGCAGAAGGGGUAUGAAUUUUUCACCAAUUUUAGGGGGCUGAUUGUUGACCAUAUGUUUAGCUUCCAUGAACGUAAUCAAAGCAGAAGCUUCUUCUCCCGAAGGGCUACCCAUGAUGCUUUCAGAGUGAUGGAGGUGGAGCUCAAUUUCAUGUAUGAUUCUCUCUACACUAAGAUGGCUGUGGUACACGGUUACAUAGGUUUUGUUUUCCGUUUCAUCUGCUCUGUACUUAUAGUGCUUUCUUUUGUGGAAUUUGAAUCACAUCGUAGUCCUGAGAUCAAUCAUUUUGAUGUUACUGUUACCUACAUUUUGCUUUAUGGUGCUGUUGGCUUGGAUCUUGUGGCUUUGAUUAAGGUCAUUUUCUCUGACUGGACUGUAGUUGGGCUUAAGACUGGCAGAGUUAAACGAAUUGUAUCUGAGGUCCGUGACAAGCUGUCAUUUCAUCGAAGGUGGUCUAAUACAAUCUCGCAGCAUAACUUGAUCAAUUUUUGCCUGAAUCAGCGGUGGAGAUGGUUAGAUAUUGCAGCUGAAACCGUUGGACUCAAGGCAUUUCUUGAUGAAAUGAAAUACAAAAAGGACUUUGUCAUUCCGGAUAAUUUGAAAGUAUUUAUCUUUGAAGAGCUCAAGGAUAAAGCUCGUAAGGCAGAAACCAAUAAAGAUGCCAAAGAAAUAUACUCGGCAAGAGGUCAACGGGCUCUGUCAGGUUACAUUCGCAGCAGAUCUGACACCAUCUCAUCAAGUGUAGGUGAGGAAGUUGAUUAUGAUGAAAGCCUGUUGCUGUGGCAUAUUGCCACUGAGCUAUGCUAUUCCACAAGUUCUAAUGCUGAAAAUUCCAGUCGUGAAUUUUGCAAGCUUAUAUCUGAUUAUAUGUUGUAUCUCUUGGUUAUGCGGCCUACAAUGAUGUCUGCCGUUGCUGGCAUUGGACAGAUUCGAUUUCAGGACACGUGUGAAGAAGCUAAGAAGUUUUUCAGCAGGUGGAAGACAGAAUCAAGGCCAUCAAUUUCAACAGCCUUGUAUAUCUGCUCGAAAUUGAACAUCUACGUCGCAGCCAAGAAUACACCCCAUGCAAGAGAGUCAAGUUCAGCAACAACCCGACAAAGUGCUGCAUGUAAAAAGCUACUUAAUGUAGAUACAGAGGUUAAACCCAUUUAUGUGAAGGGUGACAGAAGCAAAUCAGUGUUGUUUGAUGCCUGUAGGCUCGCAAAGGAAUUGAGAAAACUGAAGGAUGAUCAAACGUGGGAGAUGAUGAGCAAAGUGUGGGUGGAACUGUUGUCCUACGCUGCCAGUCACUGCCGUGCAAAUGCUCAUGCUCAGGAGCUCAGUAAAGGGGGUGAGCUGAUUACUUUCGUUUGGCUACUGAUGGCUCAUUUUGGAUUAGGAGAACAAUUUCGGAUUGAGGCUGGGCAUGCAAGAGCAAAAUUGAUCGUGGAAAAGUAGGGAUUAUAAUCAAGUAAAGGCCAAAUAAGAAUUUUCUUCUUGACUGUGGAAUCAGAUAGAGUUCUUCAGCCAGGAUUACUUCCCUGGCUUGGUGAGUGAUUGUUCUUGUGGCAGAAAAUUUUCAUUUCAGCAUGAUAAGUCAAGCUAAUAUUUCCUUAUUCAUAUAAAGCUGUUUUGUAGAUUCAUCUUGUUUGACAUUAUGGCAGUAGUGAAACUCAGCAAGUAUGAACAUUUAUGAAGCAUGUAUGCAGAUAACAAUUGGUAUGCGUUCC